CUGUUGGCCCAGCAGUUUUUCACCGAAAAGGUUUUAUAAAAACACCGUGCCAAACUGUCACAGGUAAACUAAAGUCCAAUUGGACGGAUUGGCCGCUAAUAAGCCGGAUUAAACAUAGAACGGACACGUUACCAAACAGCUCGGAAAGCUGCUUGCAAGCCAACCGCUUAAAUGUCACAGAACUCGAAAAAGGACGCCACCAGCAGCAGCAGCAAUAGCGGUAGCCAUGCGGCCCAGAGCAAUCGCCACAGCAGCAAUAGCAACAGCACCACCAGCGGUAGCAGCAACAACAAGAGCCACCACAAGCGGCAGGCGGCGAACGGCAGCCUGAAGACGCCACAUCAGUCAAACACCACCACCACCACUACCACCCACUCCCACAGCCAAAAAACCCCCUCGAAAUCGCCCGGCAGCAAAGGCAAGCUGAGCAGCAGCAGCAACAGUAACAGUAGCAGCAGCAGCAACAGCAGCAGCAGAAGCCUCAGCGGGAGCAGCAUGCAGGAGACCGGCUCCUCCUCAACAUCCUUGCUGGCCGCUGGCGGCAAGGCGAAGAAGAACCAAAAAGACAAGCAACGCGAGCGGGAGCGCAUGGAACGCAGCCAGCUGGUCCUCUGGCGUCGUCCCCUGCAAACCACCAAGUACUGCGGCCUCGAGCUGUUCACCCUGCUGCGCACGUGGAGCACUAGAUUGCUGCAACAGCGUCUCCUGCUGGCCCUUCUGAUAGUAUUAGGCAUCGUAUUUAGCGUAAUUUACAAGAUAGACGGCCCCCAUCAGUUGGCCAUCGAGUUUGUGCGCCGGAACACCUGGUUCUUUGUCUACUGGCUGGGUCUGGGCGUGCUCUCAUCGGUGGGCUUGGGCACCGGACUGCACACGUUCCUGCUCUACCUGGGUCCGCACAUAGCCAGUGUCACGCUGGCCGCCUACGAGUGCAAUUCGUUGCGAUUCCCGCAGCCACCGUAUCCCGAUGAUAUUAUCUGUCCCGAGGAGCCGUAUGACAAGCGUGUGCCGAAUAUCUGGUCCAUCAUGUCCAAAGUGCGCAUGGAGGCCUUCCUCUGGGGAGCGGGCACAGCGCUGGGCGAACUGCCGCCGUACUUCAUGGCCAAGGCGGCGAGGUUAUCCGGCUACGAUCCCGAGGAUGCCGAGGAGCUGGCCGAGUUCGAGGCCCUCAACGCGAAGCGUCACCAAAAGAACCUCAGUUUGAUGGACAAGGGCAAGCUGUUCAUGGAGCGCGUGGUGGAGCGCGUCGGAUUCUUUGGCAUUCUGGCCUGUGCAAGCAUUCCCAAUCCCCUGUUCGACCUGGCAGGAAUCACCUGCGGCCACUUCCUGGUGCCAUUCUGGACGUUCUUCGGCGCAACGCUGAUCGGCAAGGCGGUGAUCAAGAUGCACAUCCAGAAGAUCUUCGUGAUCAUCGCCUUCAACGAGACGCUGAUCGAGCGGGCCGUCGAUCUGUUGGCCUCGCUGCCAGUGCUUGGCCACAAGUUGCAGGAGCCGUUCAAGUCCUUCCUAAACAACCAGAAGCAGCGUCUGCAUCGCCAGCAGCGUGGAGCGGUCGCCGGUGCAUCCGGAGCUGGAGAUUCGGGCAAUUUGCUGUCGCGGAUCUUCGAGACAUUCGUCAUCGGCAUGGUGUGCUACUUCGUGGUGUCCAUUGUGAACUCGCUGGCCCAGAGCUACCACAAGAGGCUUCACAAAAAGCCGGCGAGCACAGCAGCUGCGACCACGGCAAGCAAGAAGGCGGGCAAGCAGAAAGCUUUACGGGACUAGAAAAUCGGUAGAGAUGUCUUCUGUUGAUCUUUUCCCCCACCCCUUCGUUUUCGUUUAAAUUAUUUUGUAUAUUGCGGCUUUCGCUCUUAGUCAAAUUAUAUAUUUUAUGUGAGUGUGACCGCGAGAAGAAAGGAGACGGCCUAAAAGCCUGAGGAAUUUACCUUGUAGACUAGAUUAGGAAAAAAGAAAAAAUGUAAAAGAAUAUGUAUCGCGAAUAGCAGCAUCCACAGCAAUAGCCAGAGCUAAAUUAAAUAUAUUAUAUUUUAUUAAUGUACAACAAACAAUACCUUAGCAAUUUUUCGUGUGAGUAUCGUUUUACAAAUGUAACGAAAGUGAGGGAGACGCAGCUAGUCGCGACUAAUGAAAAGCAAAUUGUGCAAAAGACAAACAAGCCAGAGCAAGCAGGAAACGCUAAAAAAUAAAUAAAAAAAUAAAAUUCUAAAUAAUAAAAACAAAUAUGUAGGCAGAAGCGAAAAAAAGUUUAAAAAAUAUUGAAAAAGUGCUGAAUAAUAAAUGAAUAUGGAUAUACACA